AUGACCGAUUUCAUUAUUCCCAAGCCUCCGCAACAGGAGAAGUUCAAGGAGAAUCUCCAGAAUCUCCUCAUGUGCCCGGAGUGCAAGGAAGAUCCGCCUCACCUUGUCGAAGAGUUCUCGUCAGGAGACAUGGUUUGCGGCUCCUGCGGUCUUGUGCUGGGCGAGCGCAUCAUCGAUACCCGCUCCGAGUGGCGUACUUUCUCCAACGACGACCAGGGCAACGAUGACCCCUCUCGUGUUGGUGAUGGCCCCAACCAGCUGAUCGAUGGUGACCAGCUCCAGACCACUAUCGCGUUCGAUGGAAAAAACGGCAAGAACCUGUCCCACCUUCAGAACAAGAUCACUCAGGAUAAGAACUCCAAGCAGCUUAUGCAGGCCUAUCGCGAUAUUCAGGGCUUGACAGACAGCAUCAAUGCUGGUACCCAGGUGGCAAAUGCUGCCAAGCACAUUUACAAGCUCGUCGAGGACAACAAGGCCCUCAAGGGCAAGUCUCAGGAAGCCAUCACCGCUGGCUGCAUCUUCAUUGCAUGCCGCCAAACGGGAGUUCCGCGUACGUUCCGUGAGAUCUACAGCCUGACCAAGGUUUCGAAGAAGGAGAUUGGUAGGGUUUUCAAGCAGUUGGAAUCCUUCCUCCAGAAGAUCGGAGGCGAGGAGCAUGCAAUCACGACCAGCAUCCCCACCUUCAACCAGCAAUACCAGGGCAAGGGAUCUACUACAGCUACCGAGCUUUGCGCUCGUUAUUGCAGCAACCUCAACUUCCGCAACUCAGUUGCAGUCGAGGACGUUGCCCGCCAGUUGGCCGACAAGACCAGCACUAUUUCGGAGCUGGCUGGCCGUUCUCCCCUUUCCGUUGCCGCUGCGUGUAUCUACAUGGCAUCCCACAUCAGGAACGAGUCACGUACGUCCAAGGACAUUGCUGCAGUGGCUGGUGUUAGCGACGGAACCGUCAAAACAGCUUAUCGUCUCCUCUAUAACAAGAAGGACAAGCUGCUUGAGGAGAUCUUCCCUGAGGGAGUGCCAAACCUCGACAAGCUUCCUGCGAACUAG